UAUAAGCACAUAAUAGCUGGGGGUUUUCCAUAAGAUCUUUCAAAUUAAGUUUUGGUUCUAGAAAGAAACAACAAUGGGGCUCAAACAAAUUCUUAUUUCUCUUCCACGCAUUAUCUUCUUUCUUGCAUGCAUUUUCUUGAGUUUUCUACAGACUACUUUAGUUUCAGCAGAAAGGGAAACUUAUAUUGUUCAUAUGGACAAGUCUUUCAAGCCAGAGUCCCACCCUACCCACCACCACUGGUACUCCUCCAUUGUUGACUCUCUCAACAAUGGCAAUGAUCCUUCCUCAUCAUCACUUCUAUACACUUAUGACAAUGCUAUUCAUGGCUUCAGUGCAAGAUUAUCUCCUGAAGAAGUGGAGAAUCUAAAGAAAUCCCCAGGAUUUGUCUCAGCUUACAGGGACAGGGCUGUCGAGGCCCACACAACCCACAGCACUGACUUUCUAUCCCUCAACCCCACCACUGGUCUAUGGCCUGCUUCCGACUACGGCGAAGAUAUCAUCAUUGGUGUCAUCGACUCAGGAGUCUGGCCAGAGAGUAAGAGCUUCAAAGACCAUGGAAUGACAAAUAAAAUCCCGGCUAAAUGGAAAGGAACUUGUGAGGAAGCUGGACAAGAAUUCGAUUCCUCCAUGUGCAACUUCAAGCUAAUAGGAGCUAGAUACUUCAACAAGGGUGCUGCAGCAGAUCCUAAUAUCACCAUUUCAAUGAACUCUGCUAGGGACACAUACGGGCAUGGAACCCACACAGCUUCCACGGCUGCUGGGAACUAUGUUGAGGAUGUUUCUUAUUUUGGCUAUGCUAAGGGGACUGCCAGAGGUGUUGCCCCGCGCUCGAGGGUGGCCAUUUACAAGGUCUUAUGGGAUAAAGGUGCGGGAGCUAACAGUGAUAUUCUGGCAGGCAUAGAUCAAGCUCUUGCUGAUGGAGUGGACGUCAUUUCAAUUUCAAUCUCAAUCAACUACAAGGGUAUGCCACCACCACUGCAUGAGGAUCCCAUAGCACAAGCUUCUUUCUCUGCCAUGCAGAAGGGUGUGUUUUUUUCUUCUUCAGCGGGAAAUGAUGGUCCACAUCUUGGCACUGUGAAAAAUGAUGUUCCUUGGGUCUUGACUGUUGCAGCAGGGGCAAUGGACCGUUCUUAUGGUGGGACACUCAUCUUGGGAAAUGGACAAACACUUGUUGGGUGGACCCAUUUCCCAGCAAAUGCCAUCGUGGAAAAUUUGACCUUGAUAUAUAACAAAAACUUUUCAUCAUGCAGUUCCACCAAAUUGUUAUUGGAUUUUUCCCCUCAGGGAAUCAUCAUUUGUGAUGAAACCUGGCCGGUUAUUGAUCAAAUCCAACAAGUCACUGCAGCACAAUUACCUGGAGCCAUUUUCGUCUCAAACUCUAGUGUACAAUUAUUUGAGUUGGGAAAAAUUUCAUGUCCAGGCGUUGUGAUAAGUCCCAAAGAUGGAUACCCUGUGAUCGAAUAUGCACAAAGUAGUGAAAAACCUUUGGUGAGCAUCAAGUUCCAGCAGACCUUUCUUGGGACACAACCUGCACCAGUAGCCUCUAACUACAGUUCCAGAGGUCCUUCACUAAAGAUCCCAAACAUCUUAAAGCCGGACUUAAUGGCACCAGGGACUCGAAUUUUGGCUGCCUAUGUUCCAACUAGCCCAGCAGGUUUCAUUGGGUCAAAGGUGGGUUUAUCAAGCAACUACGAUUUACAAUCAGGGACAUCAAUGGCUUGUCCUCAUGCCGCUGGUGUGGCAGCGAUGUUGAAAAGUGUACACCCGGAAUGGAGUCCAGCUGCAAUCAGAUCUGCCAUGAUGACCACAGCCAACCCAUUAGACAAUACUCAAAACCCAAUUCGAGAUAAUGGCAAUCGUUUGGAAUUCGCUUCACCUUUAGCUAUCGGAUCAGGUCACAUUGAUCCUAACAGAGCACUCGACCCAGGUUUGGUAUACGAUGCUACUCCACAAGACUAUGUGAAUCUGCUUUGCUCCAUGAAUUUUACCAAAAAUCACAUCUUAGCCAUCACUAGAACAGAAGCCUAUAAUUGCUCCAACCCAUCUUCUGGUCUGAAUUAUCCAUCGUUUAUUGCUCUAUAUAAUGGCCAAACAAUAUCAAGCACUCAGAAGUUUGAUAGAAUUGUAACGAAUGUGGGAGAUGGUGCUGCAACGUACAAGGCUUCUGUGAUAGCUCCGGCAGGUUCUGAAGUUGUUGUGUCACCUGACUCAUUGGUCUUUGGAAAGAAGUAUGAGAAACAAAGAUACAGUCUCACAAUAAAAUAUGGAAGUAAUAAGCAAGGAAAAGAAUCAUUUGGAGAAAUUGUUUGAGAAACAAAGAUACAGUCCAAUUGUUGUAUCACCUUUUGUCUGAGUUCUAUAGUCAUGAGUGGUGUAUCUGUUGCAAUAGUGCCUAAGUAGCUGCAUAUGGAGUUGCUGUCAGCUGACCAAGUCAUUAGAAUAUUUGUUAUGCUGUUAGCUUACCAAAUCUUUAGGAUAUUUGUUAUGAUUUAUGCUGUUAUGCUGUUUUAUUUGUUAUGCUGGUUUCUUUGUGGCUAGAAAUUAGGACGCUGUUAGUCAUGCCUUAUGUUUAGGAAAUAUUUUUGUUUGUCUGUUAAAUGUUAGCUCUAUAUAAAGAGCAGUGCAGUGAAUAAAAAAUAUA